AUGGGUUUUCAUCAAGCUCAAUUGUUUUGCUUAAGUUUCCCUAGAGAGGCUGUUUUGUUGACUGUGAUCAAAUCCUUUGUUGCUUCCUUCAGGGCACUGAAGACUCGAGGAAACACACCAAAGUAUGGUCUGAUUUUCCACUCAAGUUAUAUUGGCCGAGCAUCUACUCGGAACAAGGGACGAAUAGCUCGCUACCUUGCAAACAAGUGUUCCAUUGCAUCUCGUAUUGACUGUUUUGCAGAAAGGAAUACUACAGUUUUCGGUGAGAAGCUCCGUGAGCAAGUUGAGGAGCGACUUGACUUCUAUGACAAGGGAGUUGCACCACGUAAAAACAUUGAUGUCAUGAAAGCUGCAAUUGAAAGUACACAAAACAAAGAUGUAGAUAUGGAGGAAGCUGAGCCUACUGAAACUCCAGUUAAGAAAAGCAAGAAGAAAUCAAAAUCUGAACCAGUCGAAGAUGGUGUUGCAAAUGGAGAAGCCACUGAAGAUACGAAAUCGGAAAAGAAGAAAAAGAAGGAAAAGCGAAAAUUGGAGGAAGAAGAUGAGAAACCGAACAGUGAGGAAAAAACGAAGAAAAAGAAGAACAAAGAUGGAGAUGAGAUGAAAAAGAAGAAGAAAUCAGAGAAUUGAAAUGGUAAAAAUUUUGAUGUAUGGGUAGUAGAAAUUUAGUUACUGUUUUAUUACUUACUGGGUUUCUAAGAAAAGAACCUCUCUUAAGUUAAAAAUUUAAGCUGUAAUAUGAAUUUUGAACCUGGUUGAAAUUCUAUCUAGUGUUUGAUGUUUUUAACCCAUUAAUUUGGCAUUUUAAUGGGUUUUGAGAAA